AUGUCUCUUCUCCGCCCGACAUGCGCCUCACUCGCGCGCCGCCUCUGUACUACACAACCUCACUCUCGACAGGCAACAACAUCUCCGUUACUGGCUCUCGUCCAGCGACACCGGGCAUCACGACCGCAAUGUCGCUUCUUUGCCUGCACCCCCCAUUACCGCGCCAGAGUCAUCGAUACGCCGCAGAACCCCGCCAUCCCGCAAUCUCGCAAGCGCACUGUACGCAUAGGACCACUCCCUGAAGGGCCAGUCAGCGAAGCAACCGUACAUCGCAUCUUUGGCCGCAAGUUAUCACCACAAGACGGAAACAAUGUCCUGCGCAUACUGCACCACCGGCGCACCGCAGGCUCCCUGGCCGACUACGGCGUAGACAAUCUGGGCAAGCAGUACACCCACGUGAGCCGUGAAACCGCGCUCAAAGGGCUAGAAUGGCUGCGAGCAAAGUACCCCAUAGACGAAGCGCGAGCAGCAGAAGAAUGGGCCGAGAAGGAAGCCAAUCGCAUAGCCUACGAGCUAUGGCUCGCCGACCCCGAAACCGAGUCCAAAUACAAAGACCCCGCCCGCGCCUUUCGCGAGCAAAUGGAAAAGGAAGAGCAAGAACGCAUACGACAGGAGGCCGAGAACCAAAAGAUUGGCAUUCUACACGCGGGCAAGAGUCAAUUUGAGCUCAACAUCGAGGAAAAGCGACGGGCACGUCUAGAAGAGAUUGCGCGCAAAGCAGAGGAGAAGGAGCAGAAGGAGAGGGAAAUGGAAGAGAAACUCGCGAGCGGAGAAUGGGUGCGCACACCAACUGGCACCCAACUCAUGAAGCCCGGUCAAACAACGUACAUUGACGUCUUUGGCCGUGAGCAAGUCAGUCGCCGCAAAGAGGAAAUGGAAAAGUACAACAAAGCAGCUCAAGUAACGGACGCAACGACACCUGAAGAACUCCUAGCACAGACAACUCUAUCCCAACGCCUCGUCCCAAUGACCAUCUUCGUCCUCGUCACCAUCGCCCUCUCCUACGCCUUCGCACACUACUACACGCCCCCCUCGCCCUCGUACCGCAUCUUCCCAGACCUCUCCCCGACAACCGCCACCAUCGGCGCCCUAGUCGUUGCAAACUGCGUCGUAGCACUAGGCUGGCGCGUUAUGCCCUUAUGGCCCUUCAUGACCCGCUACUUCAUGCACGUUCCCGGUUACCCGCGCGCCAUCCAGAGCGUCACCAACGUCUUCAGCCACAUCCAGUACGAGCACCUCCUCGCCAACAUGAUGAUGCUGUGUCUUGUCGGUCCCGUAUGUUGUGAUCUCGUUGGACGCGGUGUCUUCAUGGGCACGUAUAUAAGUGCUGGUGCCCUCGGCACUCUGGCCUCACUUUACUGGGCAAAUCUCGGAAGAGGCAACAUCACGGCGCAUUCGGUCGGUGCCUCAGCAGCUAUUUGGGGUAUCUCGGCACUGUACUGCUUGUUGACUGACCAAGAGAGGAUCAAGAUCCCGCUGUUGAAGGAUCAGGAAGUUGCAUUUUGGCCCAAGAUGCUCUUCGUAGCGUUUGUGCUGUUGGAGAUUCAUUCGGCGACGAGAAGGAAGACGACGAUGGAUCAUGCAAGUCAUUUUGGCGGCAUGGUCGUCGGAAUGGCCACUGCGGGCUAUUUGCGAGCAACGGGGUUCAGAGAGAAGAUUGGGGCUGCAGAGCAGCAAGGCGUUCAGGCUUGGGCUGGGACACCCGAGAAGGUGGUGGAUGUUGGGGCGAUUGCCAAGGAGGGGAUUAAGGAGGUCAAGCAGAGUUUUACUGAGAGUGGGAAGUAA